AGACAUCCACAUUAAACUAAACAAAUGAUGGAGAUACAUGAAUCCACCCUUGUCUCCAAUAAUUGGAUGCCGCAUUCCACUCCCCGCCCCCUCCGUAAAGAAACAGGCGACGGCCACCACCAACCCACAGAACAAACAAACACCGCAUCGCGGGGCGCCGGUGGGCACUGCAGCGCACAGCGCGGUCGGGAUUCGGGAGUGGCCCGCGGCUCACUCUCCCUGUCGACCCCCUCUCGCACCUGACAAACGGAAACCAACAGCGAGACUUGCCAAACCGCCGGCGCCGCGGGCUGCUGCCCGCAACGCAUGCCUCCCUCGUCCCCCGUGUAUCUCGAUCCCGCUCUUGUCCCCACCUCGCUUUCUCCCUACAGGACAGCAACUAUCACUUGCACCAGAAGUCAAGAACUGCACCAAGAAGAGUGAGCUACUGACUCUGAUAGGAAGCAUCCGUGACCAAAGAUCAAGAAGCGAAGAAGAAAAAGGGUGGAGAUGAACGCGGACUUCGGCGCGCCCAAGGAGCUCGCGGGAGGGCUGCAGCAGCGGAGGGCCCUCUACCAGCCCCGCCUCCCGCCCUGCCUCCAGGGGCCGACGGUGAGGCCUGAGUACGGCGACGCGACCACUACCAUUGACCCCACCUGCGCCCACGUCGUCGCGCAGGCCUUCCCGUGCACCUUCGGACAGCCGCUCGUCAGCUUCCUCGCGGACGCCGGCGCCGCGGGGAAGGCCGUCGAGGAACGCACCCCGAUCAGGGUGGGCGUGGUGUUCUCCGGGAGGCAGUCGCCGGGAGGGCACAACGUCGUCUGGGGCCUCCAUGACGCUCUCAAAGCUUAUAAUCCUCAGAGUGUGCUGCACGGAUUUGUUGGUGGCACUCAGGGACUGUUUGCAAACAAGACACUGGAGAUCACAAACGAUGUUCUUGCUUCGUACAAGAACCAGGGUGGUUUUGAUUUGCUCGGUAGGAGUAUCGAUCAGAUCCGCAUGCCUAAGCAAAUGAACGCUGCAAUGACAACAUGCCGCAGUUUGAACUUGGAUGGGCUGGUCAUCAUUGGAGGAGUGACCUCCAAUUCGGAUGCUGCACAGCUUGCAGAGACCCUUGUCCGGAAUAACUGUAAGACCAAGGUUGUUGGUGUGCCUGUUUCAUUGAAUGGUGAUCUCAAGAACCAGUUUGUAGAAACAACUGUCGGAUUUGAUACAGUGUGCAAGGUAAAUUCUCAGCUUGUAAGCAAUGUCUGCCUUGAUGCAAUCUCAGCUGGCAAGUACUAUUAUUUCGUUCGUCUAAUGGGUCGAAAGGCAUCUCAUGUUGCCUUUGAAUGUGCACUUCAAUCACACCCAAACAUGCUCAUCUUAGGAGAGGAGGUGGCAUUGUCAAAACUCACACUGAUGGAAAUUAUAAACAAGAUAUGUGAUGGAGUACAAGCAAGGGCAGAAUUAGGGAAAUACCAUGGUGUGCUUGUUGUUCCAGAAGGACUUAUAGAAAGCAUUCCGGAAAUGUAUGCUCUUAUACAGGAAAUCAAUAUCCUUCAUAACAACAAUGUUCCUGUGGCGGAGAUGUCAUCACAACUGUCUCCCUGGGCAGCUGCUCUGUUCCAAUUCUUGCCACCCUUCAUUAGAAGAGAGCUGCUCCUCCACCAAGAAUCAGAUAACUCUGCACAGUUGUCCCAGAUAGAUACUGAGCAACUGUUAGCUCAUUUAGUGGAAGCAGAAAUGAUAAAGAGAACAAAAGAAGGAAGGUAUAAGGGAAGGAAGUUCAGUUCCGUCUGUCAUUUCUUCGGAUAUCAGGCUCGAGGAUCUCUACCGUCAAAUUUUGACUGUGACUACGCUUAUACUCUUGGACAUAUCUCCAUGCAUAUGAUAGCAGCUGGAUUGACUGGGUACAUGGCAACUGUGGCUAAUCUGAAGGACCCUGUAGACAAAUGGAGAUGUGCUGCUGCUCCCCUAACUGCGAUGAUGAGUGUCAAGAGGCAUUUACGUGGCCCUGGAGCAAUCCCUAUAGGAAAGCCUGCCAUUCAUCCUUCUCCAAUUGACCUGAAAGGGAAGGCUUACGAAUUGCUACGAGAGAAAGCUUCAAGCUUUCUCCUCGAUGACUUCUACAGGACUCCGGGAGGCAUUCAAUUUGAAGGGCCUGGUACAGAUGCAAAGCCCAUCACACUGACCAUUGAAAACCAAGACUACAUGGGUGACAUUGAGAUACUAAAAGAUUAUCUCAGCAAGGUGAGGACCAUGGUGAAGCCCGGUUGCUCGCGGGAGAUCCUAAAGGCGGCGAUAAGCACCAUGGUCUCGGUGACGGACGUGCUGACGGUGAUGUCCCACCCCCUCAAUUCUGAGUUGCCUCUCUACCAUUUCAACUGAGGUAAUCUCCCUGUGUCCGAGUUGACGUCGAAUGCGUGCAGUUUUGUAACAACAGCAGAUUUUGGCUUAUUGGGCUACCGGUAUUUGGUAGCUUCCUUCUUUUUCUUUCUGUGAGUGAGAAGCACUGGAGAUCAUGUCAAUAAACUUUGGAACAGUGGUUAAUUCUGAACAUGUAGUCGCUUGCAGUUUGAAGCGCGAGACCA